AUGGCCUUCAAAUUCGGACUCAUCCUCGCCGCUCUCGCCGCCACCCAGGCGCUCGCACUCCCAUCUGUGCUUCCCCAACCCGCCAACCCCGAAGACUGGACGCUCCUUGACUUCCGACGCACCUGCGUCGAAGACCAGAGCCGAUGCAGCUACAGCUUUCUCGUCUCCGAAGACGCGACAAAGACGCCAAAGUACUGCAACUUUGACAUUGACGCCGCCGGCGGGCUGCCCGCGUACCAGACCGACUUCUCGUCCCUAAAAUGCCCCGGCGGACCAGAGUACACCGUCAACGGCGGCUGGGACGAGCGCGAGUUCAUAACCUUGACGAUUAUCAACGACGAGAGGAAGCUUCUGUCCUUCUUCGCCUACAGGGACGUCGACCUCUGGGCCGGCGACGGUGCCGCGCCACAGCAGUCUACGGUGUACAUCUACCCGAUGCCGGCGGUCAAGCGCGAUGUUGAGACCAGGGAGGAAGAGGUGAACCUGCCAUAUGCCUCUGCCUGGAGGAUCAGAGACCUUGUCAGAUAUGAAUUCAAUCGAGGACAGCCUUACAGCGAUGCACUCAUCAUGAGAUUCGGUAUCCAGGCCCUUGGAACUCCAAUCGAACAAUGCCUCCUCAUCAUUCCCCUGUUCGAAGGUACUCGGCCGCUGGGUAAGAGCUUCUACGACGCACCCUGCGACUACGGUGGAUGGACGGCUUCCUGGGGCCACAACGAGACAACGGAUGAGGCGGUCUUAUCCCUGAUGAAUGCAAACCAUGACAGGAUUGCGUACUUUGGGUACAACAAUGUCAGCACCAACGUUGUUCUUGGCAGCAACGGCCCUAGACCUGUCUCCCAGCUUUAA